AUGCCGGCUAUAGAGAUGGAUGCUCCUUGUAUGGAGUGCAAUGAGGCAAAUGCCAUUUUAAAUACUCGCAACCGGUCAUUUUGUGGUCCUUGUUUUCAGCGCUUUUUAGCAUACAAGGUUUGGCGCCGCAUGGAUCAUUAUAGGCCAAGACCACAAAAGAACGUGAAGCCCACCAAGCCUGCGCAACCCCAAUUACUGCUCCCGCUUUCCCUCGGUGUUUCCUCCUCCGUUCUACUGCAUAUACUGGAUACAGGUUUGAAGCGCCAACUUGCGAAAUCUGGCAGGACAUCAUACGCCAUUCAUAUACUUGUCGUUGAGCCUUCCACCGAGUUACCUACAAGUGUUUCAUAUGACACACACGUCGACGCAGUCCGAGAGGCUUUCCCGACAUAUUCUGUCACUCGGAUACCUCUCCACAGCAUCUUUGAAUAUGUCCCGGACAUGACGGAUAUUAUGGCCGAAUAUGCGGGGCCUCAGUUCACUGAUGAUGCCUCUCAGUCAAACGAAGAGCGGUUAGCUGCUUUCCGUAGCUUUGUCUCGACUGCCACAUCCAAGUCAGACCUGGACACUGUUCUAUUUACAAGACUAGUCGUCGGCUAUGCGAAGCAGGCUGGGUGUGAGUCCAUCUUGUGGGGCGAUACAGAUACUAGUCUCGCAGCGAAGACACUUGCUGGUGCUGCCAAAGGCCGAGGCGCCUCUCUCACCUGGCAAGUAUCGGAUGGAAUGUCACCUUGGGGUAUAAAAUUCGAUUUCCCUUGCCGAGAUAUUUCCAAGCCCGAACUAUCGCAGUAUGAAAGUGUUUGCCCGGAGAUUUCCGCGGUGGUCGUUCCUGAUGCACCACUUUCGGACAUUAUACUCACCAAGAACUUGUCAAUUGAUGAGUUGAUGCUGCGGUAUGUGACUACUCAAGGCGAGAAAUAUCCUGGUGUCAUGGCAAACGUUUCGAGGACUGCACACAAACUCGAAACUACGUCGGGGAGUCCCGGUGCUCUAUGCUCAUUGUGCGGAGGCAUGAUCGAGAAUGUCAAGGGCAAUGAAACUGGUCUUACAGUCGCCAGUCAAUUUGCAGGAAAGGGGUCUCAAUUCUGCUACGGAUGUAUGAGGUCUCGUCCUGAAAUCAUUUCAUAA